GGGGUUCUGAAGUGGGAGGACCCGUCAUCUGAUUUUACCAGGCAGAGGGAAAGUGGGUGUUGUGCUGUAGUGUUUAGUUUGGUGCGAUGCAUCUUCAUGACUGUUUUUAAAAGCAGCGUUUCACUGUGUGUCCGGACUACAGCGACCAGCAAACAGCCGUCCGUUGGGACCGUUGAGGCCGCCAACAGCAGCAGUGCAGCGGGAGGGGGAACUAGCGCAGCCUGAAGCCCGGAGCCAGAGCAGGGAGAGCCGCAUCGGUGAGCCAUGGGGUUCCGCAAGAAGAACAAGAGUCCCCCGGUGCUGAGCCACGAGUUUGUGAUCCAGAAUCACGCCGACAUGGUGUCGUGUUUGGCCAUGAUUAUCCUCCUCGGCCUGAUGUUCGAGGUCACAGCCAAGUUCGCCAUCAUGUUCAUCACAGUCCAGUACAAUGUAACACAAGUUCUUGAUGAGAAAAGUGAUCCAGUGAACCUGUAUCAGUACGGCCCUAAAGAUGUGGCCACUGUGUUUUUCUAUUUGCUUAUUGCAGUCAUCCUUCAUGCCUUGAUACAAGAAUAUAUUCUGGACAAAAUGAACAGGAGGUUGCAUUUGUCAAAAACCAAACACAGCAAGUUCAACGAGUCUGGACAGUUGGCAGCGUUCUACCUGUUCUCCUUCAUCUGGGGCUGCAGCAUCCUAACAGCGGAGGACUUUGCAACAAAUCCUACAUUCUUAUGGGAGGGGUACCCACACACUCACAUGGUUUUUCAGGUCAAGUUCUUCUACAUUUGCCAAAUUGCCUAUUGGCUCCAUGCACUUCCUGAACUAUACUUUCAAAAAGUACGGAAGGAGGACAUCCCCCGCCAGCUCUAUUACAUCUGCCUUUACGUUGUCCACAUCACUGGUGCCUACGUCUUAAACCUCCACAGACUGGGCCUGGUGUUGCUGGUCCCUCACUACCUGGUGGAGCUCCUGUUCCACGCUUCCCGCCUCUUCUACUUCAGUGAUGAGAACAAGCAGAAGGGUUUCACCCUGUGGGCGCUACUCUUUGUGAUUGCCCGCCUCCUCACCCUCACUCUUUCAGUUCUGACGUUUGGCUUUGGGCUGCCCCGUACAGAAAACCAGGGCUUUUCUCUAGCAGAAGGCAACUUCAAUGUGCUCACCAUAAGGAUGACUUGUCUGGCUGCUAUCUGCCUGACACAGGCUUGGAUGAUGUGGAAAUUCAUCAACUUCCAGUUGAAAAAGUGGAGGGAGCACAGCCAGAACCAGGCGUCAAAGAAGAAGGCAGUUAGCCCAAAGAGCAAGCCUCAAAAAAGGGAGCCUACAAGGGGAGGUGCUGCCAAUGGAGUUUUGAAGUCUGAGGAUAAAACGUCGCCACGGGCAAGAAAAGCCAAAGCUUCAUAGAGCUGGAAGAAUUGGAGAAAAAAGACAAACUGAGUGAGGGAGAUCUGACAAUAUGAAAUAAUGUCUCUAUACAACUUCUAAUUUUGUCUACUUCUCUCCUAAACAAAUGUUUAAGCGCACUAAGAAACCUUAUCAUACAACUGUCCUUUUGGGGUUUGGAAAAGUUCAGUGUUACUGUCUGCUAGAAACGUUUAUUAUUAAUGUGGGCUUUCUGCAGAUGGGACAUUGGCAGGACAGUGCUGGGUUUGAUGCUUUAAGAGGAAAGAUUUCAAAGUGUCCUUUUGUGUAAAAGUAGUACUUUUAAGCUGAGUCGCUCUCCACUAAAUUCACAUUGAAUCAGUUAAAGUCAAGUAACUCAAGAAGUUUAAAGACAUUUUAACUUCAGGUCAACAAAGUGAUAAUGUAAGGAUUUACAGUACGGGGUGUCAUUUUCAAGUUUGGACCUUAUUCAGUUAAACUUAAAAAACAGGCCACUAGCUCUAGUCCCAAAAUAUAUCCAUAAUUUCUCUGUAAGACAGCACUCUGAUAUUCUGUUGUCAGGAAAAUCUGCUAAAUAAGUUGCUCCAGCAGAAUACUUAGGUAUUUUGCAUAGUUGCAGCCACAAAACUGAAGCUUGUACUUAACUCUCUGAUCAUUUACUGACAUUAUUUGACAGCUUCUGCCUUUGAAAUCCAACAUGUUACGAGGUGGAGGUACUGUAUUUUCGUUUGCUUUUAUCGCUAGCCUGGUAAUCAGCUUGUCCCUGUUCCAGGGGCUCCUCCAGGUUUGGUGACUUACCAACAGGAAGCUGCAGUGUCAUCUGUGAUGCUGUACUGUAUGCAUACAGUUCAAUCUUUAUAAUGGCAUGAUUGGAAACUUGAGCAAGAAACCGAGGCUGUGAUUCAGUCCUUUAUAUGGUAAUGUCAAUGCAUGACAGUUUAAGGCUAAAGACUUUAUGGCUAGUUCCUACCUGUGCUGUUGAGUUUGCAUCUCUCUCACACACAAACACACACACACAAGCAUUCAGUGGCCUUUUAACAACUGCUGCAAGAGGUCUUAGUCAUUUAUUUUUGCCAUACACGACAAAUAGUUAUUAUUUAAUAUGCUUUGACAAGCUAUAACCAGCAGACACGGCGGUACAUAGCAACUGUGUUUAGUUAAUCCAAACAAUACAAUCUUUCUUCAAGUGUCCUUAUACUGUCAGUGGUUUAUCACUCGUUCCGCUUGUGUUGCGUUCUGUUUGCCUUCUUUGUUCGCUUUUUUAUUCUCGGGUAUCAGGGGACACGCUAUCCACCACUUAAGUUUAAGUUACAUCCCAUGGUGCAUUGGGAGGUGUGUGUGUGCCUGUGCACUUACUCGUGUGUAUGUGUGUACAGUAUUGUUUUGCCUACUGUGUAGCCUAUGUGAUUUAACCGGGCGUGAAAGUGAAUCAUGAUGAUCAUGAUGGCGGUGAUGACAACCAGGUUUAUUGCUUGUCUCGUAAAAUAAUUAUUGCCUGUGUGCAGUGCAUGACAUGUAACAAUCCGUUGAUUGACUCCUGCCCUGUGUUGUAUUUCUCAAUCAUUUCCUUAAGUUCACUUUUGUUGGUCUCAGUCUCCAACACGCUUCUGUGUGUGAACUGCUGAGUUGUGGAUUAGGGCUGCACAGUAUAGGGAAAAUAGGUGAUAUGCGAUGACGUUGAAUAUCGCGGUCACAAUACUAACAAUGAAUAAACAGAUACUAAGGUAUACUGUAAAAAAUGUAUUUUAAAUUAUUUAAAUUAACAAUAUGAAAGAACAUUUUAUCUAUAUCAAUAGAAACACAAAAGGAACAAAUAAAAAAUCCCUUUUUAUUGUGUAAUUUCUACUGAUACUCUUUUAACUCACUCAUAAAUUCCCUUGCAGUCUUUUGCGAGAAAGUCUGAAUUGCUAUUAAAAAGAAUCAAUAUAUUGUUCAGCCCUAUUGUGGACUGAUGUAUUUCCUAUAGGUUAUGGGUUACUAAAUGCUUAUGUGUUUAAUGUGUCUGCCCCUCAGAUACCCUUUUCCUGUGUGAGAGAGAUUCUGUGUUUACCGUUUGCCAAAUGUGGCAUGUUCUGUCCGUCCGGCUUCACCUUUUCAAUGAUCCUGACAUUGCUAUUGAGCUCACGUAUUGUACUGUUGGACCUGAAGUCCUGCUCUACUGCUAAACCACUGUGCGUGUGAAGCUCUGUGCAGCAAAGACUGCUACCUGUCUGCGGACAGUUGGAGUUUGGAGUCUUAGUCCAGAGCAGGGAUGCGAUUAAAAUGCGAUCCAUUUUUGCGCGCUUUAUCGAUCGUUACCGGGACUUUGACAGUCUUUAAAGCCCUUUGUCUUGGUACGGCGGUGUCAUAGGAGGAAAGGCGUAGCAGAGGACUUAUGUACCAGCCUGUUAUUAAACUGUCUCAGAUGUAAAAGAUAAAAAACUGACUAAACCCUACACUGUACUAAAAUAUGUCAGAUUUUUAAGCUAUUUUUAUAGAGGGGGAAACUGUUGAAAUUCACUGUUGUUCAGUACACACGUGUGAAUAUUUGUUUUGCAUCCAUAUUGAUAUGAAUUGUUUUUUAUAUAAGAAUGAAGCUUGCUGAACUGUUAGCGUGGAUAUACGUUGUGGUAUGACUGUAAACAUUUAUUUAGCCUACAGGUUUAUUUAACUUCAUGGCCUUAUUAGAGCAAAGUGAACUCAAUUGUAUAACAGUGCUCAGUUAACAAUAUGCUGCAGGUGUACUCUGCAGAUUUCACAUGUAUUAUGAUCGUGAAGUACACCACACACAGUUUAAAUAUAUCAUCAGCGGAGCAAAUGGUCAGUUUGUUCGUUCCAGUUUGUGACAGGUAUUUUUCAAUGCUUGUGAUAACAGGCCCGGAUGCAGAAUGGACAUUUUGCAGAGUGAACACAUCUGUAAAUGUGUCUUGCUCAACAGAUGUCACACUGUACAACAAUCAGCAGACAUAUAGGCUCUGAAACAGGAGCCGCUCUGCAGUUCAUGCCCCCAUGCCUGUAUAAUCUCACAGGAAUGCACUUUUUUGCAUAAUAUGCAUUAUGUCAGAGCACCAUAACACUGCUCACUUUGGCUGUUUCUGCAUUUAUUAUCGAUGAAUUACAAAUUACAGUUGCUCUAUUUCUAAUUGUGCAUUUUGUAAAAACGAUAAAAGGCUGCAACGAUUUAACACUACGAGCAACCUCUAGGUGGCAACAAUCUUUAACGCAUUUGACCACUUAAGAAAAAAAAGGCCUGCACAGCAGAGACACCAAUGUAUUGUGUUUUAUUGAUUAAUUAUGCACCUUUAUUUUAAUUUCCUGCUUGAUUAUUGAUGUUGCGAUAUAUUUCCUUUUCAAAUAUGUUGUCCCUGAACUGCUCUGAUGGUAUAUAUUUAUGCAACUUCUCGUGAGUUCUGAUCAUGUUUUUCUCUGUUACUAUUUUUUUAUUUCAUGUUUGAAUAAAUAUUUUAUUCAUUACACAAAA